AUGCUCAGCAGUCGGAAAGCUUCGUACAAAGUGCCGCCCGCUGUGGUGAGAGAUCCAUUGAUAUCGCAAGAGCAUCGUAGAAGCAAGAGACGUGCGGAACGUUUCGACUCAAGUCGUCAGCUCGACCUCUUCUCGGAUCUCACUCUUGGUCCCUCCGAUGAUGAGAUUGGAGACGAAGACAAUGACCAGGACGGGCCUCAGAUAGUUCGCGAGGGAGUGGCACAAUUUGCAGGGAUGCUCGCUCCCUCAGGCGUGGCGACCGAUAUUGACGUCUCAGAGGCCACCGCCAUCUCCAGUGAGUCUGCUGUACCUCCUUCCCAGCCGAGCGAUGUGCAGACCAACGCAAAGAAACGUGGCAAGAAUAAGCGCAAGGGCAAAGCGGCCGCCGCUGGGGCCAAGGGCAGGAAGCCGAGCAAUUGGGCGGACAAGUGCAUGUACGCGGAGUUGCUAGAGAUGAGUGAAGAGAUGAGCGAGGCGUACCCUCUUAGCGAUGGCAUCCCGGAGAACAUCGAAACAGGAUGGGUAGUCGUGACACCUGUUCCAGUGGGCAAGCGCUGUCUCGCUAUAACGCAUCAGAUAUCUGGGAUUGCCGGAGUUGUUCCGAAUGUGACGCUACGUUCUCGGGUGCUCGGCAAGCCGCUCAUGGGAGCCUUCCCUUCGCCUCUCCCACCACAAACUAUUCUAGAUUGCAUCCUGGAUGAGAACUGGCACAAAAAUGGAAUUCUUCACGUCCUUGACGUAAUCAAGUGGAAAGGCCAAGACGUUGCCGACUGCGAGACCCCUUUCAGGUUCUGGUGGCGAGAUACGCGUCUUUCUGAGCUUUCCAGCCAUCCACCGCCACCUAGUGCCACAGACGUAGAGCCCACAGUUAUGCAAGGCGUUGAGGCGCCAUCGUCCUGGUACAAGUUCCCAUACCCAACGACAUUUUGUCCCGUGCCAUACUAUACCGAUACAUCACUCGCCAACCUCGCCGGCGCACUCGUACCUCUUACUAGAUCCUCCCGCUUUUUUUCGGUCUCAACCCCCGUGCAGACUGCGGAAGGCACGGCAGCAAUGGACCUUGACGGAGCUGUCUCACCACUGGUGCAGCUGGAAGUUACUACUGCAGAGUUGAAGAGCGAUGGAAUGCUACUAUACGUGUCCAAAGCGGCAUACGAACCGGGGACGAGUCCGCUUAGCAGUUGGAUACCUCUGAAGGCCUAUACACCGGAUUCACAACAAUCUGAAGCCAAUGCGCUACCUGUUGCAUUGGAAAGUCCGUUAGACGUCUUUGAACGUCUCGUGAGGCGUAGGCUAGUAUUGAAGAACGGAGGCAGUGCCCUUGCAACUCCCGAGGUCUCAAUGGAGGAGGUGUGA